GCCCAAACUGGAAUAUGGUUUCAAACGGGGUAUUCAUUCCGUGUCGACAGAAUUGGUUGGCGUCUCUACUAAUGACCAGCAAUUUUGACAUUUCACUGCCCGACAGAUAUCCAGUAAGGUAUAUAUCAUCGGACUAUCAACUGUUUAUGUUGGCACCCCUUAUAUUUCUAAGUUCCCGAUGGGUGAUGAUGUAUUUACUACACAACAAAGUGUUAUGUUAUACUAUUGGAGGCCUGACUCGCAUUUGGUUAGUUAUGCAAUCGCAUUUGGUUAGUUAUGCAAUCGGUAUGCUUACCGGUUAUGUGAUCCGCUAUAAGCCUAACCUUUAUUUCGGGGGUCGAGUCGGAGAGACUAUUUUAUGGAUCACUUGUACCACAAGUACUUUCGCAGCAAUAUAUUGGAUCAACCAUUUCUAUGAUGUUUACUACCCGUUGACCACAACUGAAACGUUACUAAUGAUGGCCUUUUCUAAACCCCUGUAUCUAUUGGGUUGGGUCUGGCUUUUCUAUGCCUGCUCCACAGGAAGGGGA